AUGUCCGAUGGCCGGUUGAGCCUCAUCAGGUUCAACCAGUCUCGGCGCAAGCGACUUGGAAGUCCCAAGCAGUUGGUGCGGUGCUCUACCUUCCUACCCACGACCUACUGCAUAAAAACAGCAAAUCCCGGGGAAAUGGAACAACAAUGCUCCCAAGCAAGCAGCGACGAGACCCCCCAUGAAGAUCGUGCGAGCGACGAACUUUGCUAUGUGGACAGUAGUUUAUGCUUACUAUACGAAAUUUGUGUCCGGUCGGGGGAAGUCCUGCGCAACUCCGAGAAUGGGAGAUAA